AGUAAUACUACACAGUACAGACACUUCCAGGAUGGGGGUUGGUGCGGACGUCGUAGUCCUCGUGCUCCUCUCCAUCGUCUCCGUCGGAGGCGGGAUCCGGUGCUAUGUUUGCAACUCGAAGCAGGACUCUCGCUGCCUGGACCCUUUCGUAGGAAAUUCUACCGGCUCCGCCCCCAUGGACACGGUGGACUGCGAGUACGACAACACGGUGAGGGCUGCCCUGGAGACAGUCGCCAACCUGAUGACCAAGCUAGGUCAGGCACCGGCUCGUGACCAACAUGACAUUCUCGCAGUCGCCUCAGCCCCUCCUGACGGUCCUAUUCCCGCCUCGUGUCAGAAGAUCGACCUGAUAGUUCUAGGCGAGAGAGUUACUGGACGGGGUUGCUCGGUCAACCAGCUGGACAGCUUCAACCCUUGCGAUGCCCUCAAGCUAGUAACAACUGCAGACAUCAGCCUGGAGUUCUGCGGCAUCUGUGACCGCGAAGGCUGCAACGGAGCGACCCUCAUCGCCCACGGGUCGGCGUCACUUCUGUCAAUUAUCCUGGGAGCAGGCUAUCUCAUCCGCGGCGGCGUCUGAACCAAGUCCACAGUUACUUGUCUCAGAUCAGGAUAGGUCGAUUACUGAUAAAGAACUAUACAUGUAAUAACCGCAUGAGAGUUCACAGACGGAAGUAGUCACUGGAUAUUUUUGCCAUCUAGCGGAUGUUUGCUGAAGUACAAGACUGAAAGAAGACCUACUGCUAGCGCUCGUAGUGGCGGUAUUGUGACAUGGAGAUGAAAAGGGAGCAGCAACUAGCGAGAUGGCAUAAGUUGUUCCCUUAGUGUCCAACUGUGGGAACAAAAUUGGUUCUAACCACUUAUUCAGCUAAGUUCAUAGUAUGAAUGGAUUAUCUGUUCUAUUAACCAAUGGCUUCAAAGUACAUCGCUUUGUAUCUAGUGCUGAACUUUAAUACGCCUCCUUUACUGAAUAGAAAUCUACAGUUACAUUUCAUUUCAAAACAAUUCAUCUGAGAAUAUUAACUCGUAAUAUAAAAACCGAAGAACUUAUAUGUACUUAUUAAUGUUGUAAAGAGGUCUUAAGUUUAGUAAUCCUCACUAAAAUUGAUGUAUUUUAUAUAGUAUAGCGGGAUAGAAUUGUACAAAGGCCAUGUGAGCUUGUCAGUAGCACUUAUAUCUUUUUACAUUUAUACAGAAUAUAAAUACGUCCCUUAAACCAUUUGUAUAUUCGACAUUGUAUAUUAUUUAGAUAAUAUACUCCACACAUAGUACAUACCAAAGAAAGAAAUAGAGUAAGCAUUCUCAUAUAAGGGCCAAUAUAGAAGUACAAGCCUUAAAACACCCCCAAAAGGGUGAUAUUAUUAAACGAAUCCCCAAAACUGAAAAUUUUUUAUUCUUAAUAUCUCAUCAUAAACUCGUAGUUUUGGCACACAUUAAGUCGGCAGUGUGUUUUUUCUUUUGUCUUUGAUAUGUAGAAACGGCAAGCUUUUUGGCGCUAGUAUUCUAUCGCAAAUUCAUGUAAUAAAAUUGCGUUGUUGACUCUGUAGAAAUUUAGUAUAUAUAUUUUACAGAGCUAUACCUAAGAUACGAUUAGUCUAAUUUUAGGAUGACUCCGAAUUUAAACUCCAUCAGCAUUGUUUCAAGAAGAGGUAGAGUGUACGGUUUAGCCGUGCUCAGAUUUUUAUGGAUAACCUUUCCGAGGUUCACUGACGAAAGAAAUUAAAAAUGUAUUUCUGUGGUCAGUGGUUAAACUGUAAGGCAGAUGCAAAAUUGCAAGGUCAUUCUCACAUUCCUUAACUGCCUAAACUGCCAUCUUCUCUAAACUGAGGAGUGAAUAAUGCUCAGAUAUCAUUUCAAGAAUAAUAAGCAUGAGCAAUGUUGAAAUCUAAAUUAAAUAAGCUAAAACAAAUCUUUGGAUGGAAUGCACAUCUUUUGCUUGCUUGUCUUAGUACAAAUAUGUGCUGUGUUUUUUGGCACUGGGCUUAUUACAAACUUAUGUAACAACCUUUUUCAUACUACAAUAUUAUAUAGUUAUAGUUGUAAUCACAGUAUUGUACACAUUUUAACCUAAGUGGAUGUUGUACAUAAUAAAGUUCUUAAUACAUUAGCGAAAUACAAAAAUAAACCGUACGCUAUUUAUUUUAAUUCAGAAGUACGUAAAUGUAAAUUGUUCCUGUACUGUUUAUUUUAAUAAAGGUAGAUAAUAUUAUUAAAUACA